AUGGGAUUAUGCAAGACAUCUAAGGUUGACCAAAAUAUCGAGGCCUUCAUUAGAAAUCAUGGUCCUUUAGCUCUCACUAGAUAUAAAUUUACAGAUGUCAAGAAAAUGAUCAACUCUUUCAAAGAUAAAUUGGGACAAGAUGGAUAUGGUUCUGUAUACAAAGGAAAACUACCCAAUGGCUAUCCUAUUGCUGUAAAGUUAUUGAAGGCAUCAAAACAGAAUGGGGAAGAAUUUAUCAACGAGAUUGCCAGUAGGACUUACCAUGUAAAUGUCGUUACCCUUCUUGGGUUUUGUUUUGAAGGCCAAAAAAAGGCUCUCAUAUAUGAAUUUAUGUCCAAUGGAUCUCUUGACAAGUUCAUUCACAACAAUGCAAAUCAAAAUAGUCUAUGCUUGAGUUGGGAGAAUUUGUACCAAAUUGUAGGUGGGAUAGCUUGAGGGCUUGAGUAUUUACAUAGAGGUAUUCUUCAUUUUGAUAUAAAGCCCCAUAACAUCCUUUUAGAUGAAAGCUUUUGUUCCAAGAUCUCAGAUUUUGGUCUUGCUAAGCUUUGUCCAAAAAACAAAAGUAUCAUUUUAAUUUCAAAAGCAAGAGGAACUAGAGGUUAUCUCGCUCCGGAGGUUUGGAAUAGAAACAUAGGUGGAGUUUCGCAUAAGUCUGAUGUUUAUAGCUAUGGGAUGAUGUUAUUAGAUAUGGCAGGAGGGAGAAAGAACCUGAAUUUUGAGACCGAUUGUUCAACUGAUAAAUAUUUUCUCAAUUAUAUUUAUGUUCAAUUUGAGCAAGACAGCAAUUUGGGAUUUAAUGGUGAUAAUAAUGUGGAGGAAAAUGAUAUUGCAAAGAGAAUGACCAUUGUGGGUUUGUGGGCCAGUCACCGGUGCAAGGAGGCCGGCGACAAGCAAUUUCAUCAGGUCACAAAGCCCGCGUUUUGGAGCCAAAAGGCGAUCUGGCCAUUCUCUGCAAUGAUCAUGCUGUACAAGGGUCCUCCUUCUGUUGUUUUACGUCAGCUUCUCUUGAAGACCUUCUUCUUCGUUCCCAUUCUCUUUUAUGUUACCACUGCAAAUGAACAAUUUUCAGCUUGCAAGCCUUUUAGCUGCGGAAACGUCACCAGUCUGAGCUUCCCUUUCUGGGUCGACUCACUGCCUGCUUAUUGUGGUCAUCCUAAGUUGAAGCUUAAUUGUGACGGAGACAAUGUUACUAUCAACAUUAAUUCCCAGACUUUUAGGGUAAUCAAUGUUAACUCCGCUGCUAGAACUCUUACGAUUGCAAGAAUGGAUUUGUGGGGUACCAAGUGUUCCAAUCAGUUCACAAACAUCACGUUGGAUUAUUCUUUCUUUGACUACAGUCCCAAUGAUGAAAACACUACUCUAUUAUACGGCUGCGACCCUUCAAGCAAUGCCACUCUGAAUUCAUCAACUGCUGUGAGAUUUGAUUGCCCCUUACAUGGUAUUCCUCGUGAAGCAUACUUUUUGUGGACCAACAAUUGGACCAGGACUGGUCUGGGGUGUAGAACCAGCAUCAAUGUUCCUGUUCUGGGUGUGGCACUGAGAAGUUUCAUAGAUCCUGGUGAUGUUAUAGAUCAAGGUUUUGAGGUUAAAUGGGAACUGAAAGGAGGGUGGUGUGAUGAUUGCAGAAUUUCGGGUGGAAGAUGCGGUUACAACGCAAGUCUGGAUGAAUUUACAUGUUUCUGUCCCGAUGGGGUUUGUUUUGCUGAUCGAUUAGAAGAAGAAGCAGCGCCAGCACCCCGGCCCGAGCCAAGGCCUCCUCCUUCUUCAGGGUCAUCAACAGAGGGUUGUCUUAUUGCUGCAAUAGUUCUUGGAGCAAUUGGACUGAUGCUUAUUUGGUGUUGUCAAACAAAGUCGUGGGGGCAAACAAUAGGAUUGUGCGAGACAUCUAUGGUGGACCAAAAUAUCGAGGCCUUCAUUAGAAAUCGUGGUCCCUUAGCUCUCACAAGAUAUAAAUUUGCAGAUGUCAAGAAAAUGACCAACUCUUUCAAAGAUAAAUUGGGACAAGGUGGUUAUGGUUCUGUAUACAAGGGAAAACUCCUCAAUGGCCGCCCUGUUGCUGUAAAGUUAUUGAAGGCAUCAAAACAGAAUGGGGAAGAAUUUAUCAACGAGGUUGCUAGCAUCAGUAGGACUUCCCAUGUAAAUGUUGUUACCCUUCUUGGGUUUUGUUUUGAAGGCAAACAAAAGGCUCUCAUAUAUGAAUUUAUGUCCAAUGGAUCUCUUGACAAGUUCAUUCCCAGCAAUGUGGAUAAAAAUAGUCUAUGCUUGACUUGGGAAAAUUUGUACCAAAUCGCAAUUGGGAUAGCUCGAGGACUUGAGUAUUUGCAUAGAGGAUGCAACACUCGAAUUCUACAUUUUGAUAUAAAGCCACAUAACAUCCUUUUAGAUGAAAAUUUUUGUCCCAAGAUCUCAGAUUUUGGUCUUGCUAAGCUUUGUCCUAAAAAAGAAAGCUUCAUUUCAAUUUCAGAAGCUAGAGGAACAAUAGGAUAUCUUGCUCCAGAAGUUUGGAAUAGAAACAUAGGUGGAGUUUCUUAUAAGUCUGAUGUUUAUAGCUAUGGGAUGAUGCUAUUAGAUAUGGUUGGAGGGAGAAAGAACAAGAAUGUUGAAACCAAUUGUUCGACUGAGAAAUAUUUCCCAGAUUAUAUUUAUGCUCAACUUGAGCAAGACAGCAAUUUGGGAUGUGAUGGGGCCGAUAACACGGGGGAAAAUGAUAUUGCAAAGAAAAUGACCAUUGUGGCUUUGUGGUGCAUCCAAACAUUUCCAGGUCAAAGACCUACAAUGAGUAGAGUGAUUGAAAUGUUAGAAAGAAAACCUGACCUGUUGGAAAUGCCACCAAAACCUAUCAUGCCUUCCCCUCCCAGAUUAGAACUAGAAUCUUCCACCACUGCUAUGACCACAACAGAAAUUGUGGGUUUUCAAAGCCCUUCCCACAUGUUGCUAGAGGAACACUAG